UUCGCUUUCUCAUUUGUGAGAAAGAAAGGGAAAAUACUUAAAUACGAUUUUUUUUUAAAUCCAGAUACUCUUUAAAGCACCGUGGUGCGUCUGGAUCAAAGUGGGAUAGGUGGAUUCAUCAGAAGAGAGGAGGGUUUCUGAUCUGAAGCUUUUUGGAAAUGAUUCAAACAAUAAAUGCUAAUGAAGGAGAAGGAAGCUGACUUUGGAGGAUUCAUCAUUUGCUUUCUUCUAAUUGACUUUAUUUGUUCUGGCUCCUUCAAAUCUGAGCUCAUCAAGAAAAACUAAUUUAUUCACUGCAGGAGGAAUUCUUACUUUAAAGUUAAUUUACAUCUAAAAGAAUAAUUAUAAAAACUCAAUUUCCAUUAAGGAAUGUGGAGACACUCUGUUGCAAAAUAAGCUUCCGGUCUGAUCUGCAGUUUUUGUUGAAUUUUUGUGGCAUUUCUUGAUAUAACCGAGAGUGGAUGAUGGCCAUCAACACCGACACCGACUUCCAGAAGUCCAACCUGGGCGCUGAUGGAGGAGGAGGAGGAGGAGGAGGCGCUCCGCCCGCGGACUUCCAGGAGACGGAGAAACUCCUGACGGUGACCACCGAGCCCGGAGGGAACGGGAUGAAAAUGUCCACCUCCUUCACCGUGCCCCCCGAUAAGGCCCUGGAGGCCGAUCAGAACGGCCACAGCGUCGGUCUGAGGUCGGGCUCCGUCGGGCAGCUGUCCGCCGCCGGCCACCUGUCUCCAUCCAGGGCCAGCCUGAGCCGCUCCUCCACCGGGAACGCCACCGUCCCGGAGACCCCGAAGCCCAAGGAUUACCUCAUCCUGGUCAUCCUGUCCUGCUUCUGCCCAGUUUGGCCCGUCAGUAUUGUAGCACUGGUGUACUCAGUUAUGUCUAGAAACAGUCUCCAGAAUGGGGAUAUAGAUGGAGCCAGAAGGCUGGGUCGACUGGCUCGUCUGCUGAGCAUCGUCUCCAUUUUCCUGGGAGUUCUCAUCAUUGUCGUCUAUACCUCAGUUCACUUCACAGCUUUAAAAUAACAACCUGGAGGAGCAAAUGUUACGUCGAAGCCAAACCACAGAAGCAACAAAGAAAAAAGGACUGCUCAAACAAAAAUGGAGUACCCUACUUUAUGCCAAGAAGUUACAGCAUCAAAAUUAACUUCAGGUAGCAAAAAAUGUUGGCCAGUCAUGAAUGGCGGCCUAAAAACAAAGAAGCAAAUAAAAGUAUAUAUCACUGACAGAUGCAUGCAUUAGAACCCAGUAACAUUUGCCUGACAGAAUAUCUUCAUAUUGAAUUGUUGAAGUUUAAGAAAGAGGAAGGACUGAAUGCAGAUCUGUGUGAUUAUUACAGGAAGCUACAUGUUUGUUUUUCCCUUUGUGAACAAUGGACUUUUGGAUGUGAAGGCGAAGAUUUGUGUAUGUAGAGCAGAUAAAUGAUGGAUUUUCUAUCAGGCUCCUUUAAAGAAAAAUCUAUGAACUUAAGAUGGCUCGUUUAAUCUUCAUAUAUAUUCUAAAUGAUCCUCUUGCAUUUGAAGCAUUAUACAGGAAAUAAUAUAUUUGAAAUAUGGAAAUGUAUUAUUGAAUAGAAGAUAUUGAUUUUAUAAGAUGUUUGUAUCCAAAGUGUUAUUAAGUUUGUUAAAGCUGUCCUUAUAGCUGCUUCGCCAGCAAUUGGAAAAAAAAAAGAAAUCCCCUCGAAAUUCAAGAGUUUGUUACAGAAAAAUUGGUUCUUUUUGUCUCGUCGUAUGAUUUGGUUUACCAGUUU